AUGGCCGAAAAGUACGUGCAGGAUGAGGAACGGGCUUCAUCAGAGCCCGACAGCUCGGAUAUGUUUGACCCGUCCCUUGAAGCGCGGGAGAAGGCCUUGGUCCGGAAACAGGAUCUGAGGAUCGUUCCCUUGUGCGCUGCGAUCUACCUCCUAUGUUAUCUUGAUCGUUCAAACAUUGGCAAGCUCACUGGAAAUGCCAAAAUUCUCAACUCAGAUACCGGCAAUGACAUGCUAACGGAGACCAACAUGACUUCGUUUCAGUUCACAAUUGCGUUGAUGGUAUUUUUGAUUGCGUAUGCUUUGUUUGAAGUUCCUUCAAAUUAUUUUCUGAAAAAGCUUCGACCUAGUCGCUGGAUCGCAUUCCUCAUGCUCUCAUGGGGCGCAACGACAAUGGGUCUCGGGGGUGCUCACAGCUAUGCACAAGUCACAGGGCUGCGCUUCCUACUUGGAGUGAUGGAGGCAGGUCUUUUCCCGGGAUUUGUUUACUACCUAACAUUCUGGUACCGCAACUCAGAGAGAUCUAUACGGGUUGCUUUGAUUCUCGCAUCAGCAACCUUAGCCGGUGCGUUUGGCGGCGCGAUUGCCUUCGGAGUUGGCCAUAUGAAUGGCGCCCACGGUCUAUCUGCAUGGAGAUGGCUGUUCAUCAUUGAAGGCGCGCCAUCAUGUGCAUCCGCCUUUUUGGUCUGGUUUCUACUUCCAGAUUAUCCUGAAACAGCCAACUGGCUCACCAUCGAAGAGAAGGAGCUUGCCGCUCAGCGUUUGGCGCUGGAGGGCUCCAAGGGUUCUGCACAUGCCAUGUCUUGGAAAGAUGCCAAGGAGACACUGACUGAUUGGAGACUGUAUGCUCAUUAUGCAGUGUAUUUUGGAAUCUCAACACCCUUCUCCAGUCUGUCGUUAUUCACUCCGGCUAUCACUUCAGGUCUGGGGUACUCUAAUCUUCGCGCACAGUUGAUGACUGUGCCUCCAUAUGCAGUCGCAUAUGUGGUUACUAUAACUGUGGCAUGGUCCGCGGACCAUUUCAACAGUCGAGGUCUGCACUCGGCUGUGUUUUCAUUCAUCGGCGCAAUGGGGUUCCUGGCUUCUGCCGUUCUCCCUGCUAGCUCCUACCUGAGCCGCUACGGAUGUCUCAUUGUUGCAGCUAGUGGAUCCUUUGCUUGCAUACCGCCAUUGCUAGGAUGGCUAUCGUCCAACAUCCGCUCAACAGCAGGUGCAGGUCUAGCGAUCGCUUUGAACGUAUCAUUUGGCGCUCCUGGCCAGAUUGUUGGCGUAUGGAUUUAUAAGAGCAACGAGGCAAAGAUUGGGUAUCCCACAGGUCAUUGGACAAAUGCAGCUCUGCUAUUGUUUGUGACUGCUGGUUGCAUUCUCCUCAGACUCUAUUAUAGAUGGCGGAACGUUCGCGGAGAGGGAGCCCGUGACGGGAAAGCAUUUGCAUACUAG